CAAUGGCUUCUUAUUUUCAGAGAAAGUUAUGUUUGUUCCAAAACAUUCUCGUAUCGUGUCUGAAUCUCACACUCCUCAUCCUCUCCCUCUGUUCUUUCGUACCGAUCAUUAUUCUUAGAAACCCUCCAACUUCACUCGGUUUAGCCGUCCUCGCUGUCUCUCUCCUCUCUCUUAUCUCUUCCUUUGCGGGUGCCUCUUUGGACCAAUCUAGAUCAUGUUUCAUCGGGCGAGUCACACUUCAUGUUUCUUCUUUGACGGGUCAGUUGAUGGCAGUUUUUAUGAUGUUUAGCAGAGAAAAUCAGAGUCUUUCCUUUCUGAUAUCGCCACGGGACCCUAGAGAGGCUAAAGCUUUGGUUAGGAUAGAAUGUGGGGUUUUCAUGGUGAUGAUUCCGUUGCAGAUGAUGGUUCUGGUUUUGGCUUGUGUGGUGCAUUGUUACUGGGUUAGAGAGUUGGAAGGGUUAGAUGCGGAGAGUCAAAGUGAACGUUCUUUAACAAGAAACUGUAACACAACCGUUGAAGAAGUGAAUGUUAAAACAAUGGAACUGGAAGAGAAGACUCAUGUAUGAGUCCACAUUUUGUGUUAAUUGAUUCGGGGGCAUUCAAAGUUAUAUUUUAUGUCUUGGUUAAAUAGAAAAUAUUAUUUGCUGUAC